CACGCCAAACACUCCACAUCUCACUUUCUUACAAACCCUGGCCAUGGCGGUGAACGGGACACCAGAGACCCUCCAAGUCCACAGACUCCCACUCUCCAAAUACAUCAAUGCCCUCCGCUGGCUUCCACCUCUCCCCGCCUUUGAUCGCUUCGUCGUCCUCGCCGUAUUCGACUCCAAUUCCAACUCCUCCUCCAUCGAAAUCCACUCUCUAACCCGAUCAAACCCCUCAAAUCUAACUCUCCAAUCCUCAUGGUCCUCACCCUCAAGAAUUUCCUCGCUCAAAGUCUCUCAAACCCUCCACAAACCCCUCAUCGCCGCAUCCACCUUCUCCGACGUCCUGCUCGCUGAUCCGGUCGAUGCGUCGAUCGAAUCGGAGGUUUCGGUGCGUGAGAAGACAUUGCACGUUGGACCCAUUUCGUGUUUUGAUGUGCAGGAAAAUGGGUCUGAGUGUGUUAGUGUUGGGGAAGAUGGGAGGGUGAAUUUGGUGAGUGUUGGUAAUUCGAAUUUGAGUCACCGCCGGUUUUUCGAUAGCAAUGUGUCGUAUACAGCGGCGAAGUGGGCGUCGCCGAUGGAGUUUGCCACGGGUGGAUUGGGGUUUAGUCUUCAGUGGUGGGAUCAGAGAAAGCCUGGAGGACCAGCUUCUCAGUUCAAGGGAGGCUCUUCUGGUACUGUAUUUGCAUGGGAUCUUCGGUGGCAACAGCAGCCAAUAGUUCUCUCUGGGGUUGCAGCAGGUGAGUUUCAGUCCCACUCAUUAUCUGAGAGUGAAAUUUGGGAGGUCCAGUAUGACAGCUAUUCUUCAAACAUUGGUAACAUGUCAAAAUCACGGGUGUUACCUGUUAUGAUCUGCUCAGAAGAUGGAAUCCUUGCUGUUGUUGAACAAGGUGAGGAACCCAUUAAACUCUUGGCUCAACCAUGUGCAAUCAACAGCUUUGACAUUGACCAACAGAACCCCUCGGUGAUGUGUUUUUUCUUCUCUCUUUCUCCUAUACUCAGUUUUAUCUCAGAGAUGUACAACAUUUUGAUCUUGGGGAUAAAUUACUUUGCUAUGUCAUAUAUCUGUGGAAUUGCCAAAAAUGACUGAUGAUUUCAAUUGUUGCCAUAGCAGGAUGUGAUAUGUAGUUUAGAGUGGGAGGCUAUUGCCAACUUGAUGAGGGCAUAAUUUCUGAAACUAAGAUGAAGAAUUCGGUGGCGUAAAUAGGAUCUGUUCAUUAUCCUUUCAGUGUAUCGUAAAAAGUGAAAGUGAUGAUCUACUUGGGGCAAAAAGAAGCUGCACAUCAUGAUUUUGGGAAGAUGAACUGGGUAGCUUCAGUGUGUUCUGGUAACCAACAUAUGCACCCAAAAAUGUAAGGUUUAUAGUUAUGCUCCAUCUUAUCUAGUAGUACAGAACACAGAUGGCUUUUUAACAGCACCAAACUGAAUCCAUGUUGGAAAAGUAAUUGUUCUAAUCUUGGGCCAUCUGCUUUUGUUUUGAAAGACAUUGCUAACGAAACACUAAAGCCAUGGACCCAAAAAAAGUUGCCAUGAAAACUGUUCGGAGCACUAGUGCAUGGCUGAGAUUGAUUUAUUGUAUUGUGGGGUUCAUGGCUUAGAUGAAUUUUGGCCACACAAUGAUGUUUCUGAAUAAUAUUUAUGGGUUUGUAGCAUUGUUGCGAACGAAAUGCAAGCUGCAGUUGCAGCUAACUAUGGCUUGGCCCAAGUUAAUUGCUUUCAACUACGUUAGUAAGGUUUAUUUAUUUAUUCGAUGUCAUUUUCUUUCAAGU